AUGGCCAUCGCCCGAUUCCUGUCACUUGGCGGUGGCUUCUGCAGCAGCCAGGCGGAUGCAAGCUUGAAGGAGGUGGGGCUCGAGUCGCUGUGCCCCACGCAUUACAACAGGACGACGGCUGACUUCGUGCACCGCUAUCUCUGCAAGACUCAACAGACGACGCAGCAGGUUCUCAAGGGCCUGCAGAACAAGUCCAUCGCAUUAAUUUGCGAUGCCAGCCCCAAAGCGAAGCACGACGAGUCUGGGCCGAAAGCACUCAAUGCUCUCAAAGAGGACAGAUUGGCUGCCAAGCAGGAGCUGAAGGCUGUUUCGAAUGCAAUGAGCCACAUUGGCCUCAGCCUCGACCAGCUGUUCCCGAGCACCCCGUGUGCUCCAGUCAACCCCGACGCCGAAGAGAGACGACUUCACGCGACGGGCGAUGGGGUUCUGGGUUAUGUUGUGAACCGAUCGACAGGCAGCAGCCGUUGGGACACACAUAUGCCGGAUGAGGCCCUCCGCCUCAUUCUUUGCCCCGACCAAGGGGGACCUCUCUUUGCUACGUUUCAAUUCUUGGCCUGGAACAAUGCAAGGAUAGGGUUCGUCAGGGAUGAGCUGCACAAGAUACACGCCCAUAUGGGUCGAGUUACAAGCUGCAGCCCGACGAUCAAAAGAAUGACGCUAUUGAGCGGGUGGCUCUUCAGAGCCAAGAAAUCUCCUUGGGGUACAAGCAAUGUUGCCUCCACCCUGAAAGAGGCUGAGCAAGACGAUGUGCUGAUGGAGCUGUUCAGCAGGGACAUCUUGAAGGAGAACGGCCUGCCCUACACUUCGGAUGCCAAGCUGAACUUCGAGAGGACGAUCGACAUCCUCGGCAAGACGAUGAAGUAUAACAGUGAGUCCUUCUCUUGGUCUCGAUGGUGCUCAUGGGCCCAUACUGCCGCAAACUUCCAGAUGUCGUGCACUUUGCUCUUGAUUCUAUGGAGCUCCCUCGAGGCCUGGCUUAGUCGCUGCUCGUGUUGCUGUAUGCAAGCCUGCCUGGCUACCGCGAACACAGGGACAAUCUCUCGAUUCUCUUCCCCGCUCAACUCGCUCCUGCUUUCCCUCUCUGUCUCUGUCUGUGUGUGUUUCUCUCUCUCUCUCUCUCUCUCUCUCUCUCUCUCUCUCUCUCUCUCUCUCUCUCUUUCUCUUUCUCUUUCUCUGUCUCUGUCUCUCUCUCUCUCUCUCUCUCUCUCUCUCUCUCUCUCUCUCUCUCUCUCUCUCUCUCUCUCUCUCUCUCUCUCUCUCUCUCUCUCGCUCUCUCAUCCAAUCAAUCAAUCUCUCUCUCUCUCUCUCUCGCUCUCUUUCUUUCUUGCUCUGUUUCUCUUUCUCUCUCUCUCGCUCUCUCUCUCUCUCUCUCUCUCUCUCUCUCUCUCUCUCUCUCUCUCUCUCUCUCUCUCUCUCUCUCUCUCUCUCUCUCUCCCUCCCUCCCUCUGA